GGUACACACACUUUUGGAGCGCCAUUUUAAUUACUUGACUAUCAGCACAGUUUUGAGUAAAUACAGAAACAAUCCAUUGUAUUGUCAAAUGCUACAUCCGAACUUGAGAUCCCGGAGUUGUGAAUCAAAUCCAACGUGGGUGAGGUCUUUUUCUCGCCCGUUAUAAUAAACUUCAGUUAAAACCGUGACAAAUAUACGUUUACAAAUUUUUUCGUUGUCCACAUAAAAUUUUAAACAUAUAAGUUUGAUAAUUGAAUAGCAAUAUCCUGCUAAGCUCAGAUUUUCGGUAACUUGCUGAUAGAGUUGUGAUAAAUGAACAAUGUCAACCGCAGCGCCAAAUUUAAAUUGGACUACAGCUACCACAGAACCGAAUGGAGAUCCAGCAUUGUCAAUCGUUGAUAUUAUCGUGAUCUUUGUUUACUUUGCUGUCAUUCUUGCUAUCGGAUUGUGGGCUACGUUUACAUCAUCGCGCAAGAGUGUGAAGGGAUAUUUCCUUGCCGGCAAGAACAUGGUAUGGUGGCCUGUCGGCUGUUCUCUUUUUGCCUCAAAUAUCGGUGCUGUUCAUUUCAUCGGCUUGUCGGGUACAGGCGCAAUUGCCGGAAUCGCUGUGGCUUCUUUUGAAUGGUUGGCAUCCUAUUUGAUUCUUUUGCUUGGAUGGUGCUUUGUACCCAUAUACGUAUCUUCUGGGGUUUACACGAUGCCAGAAUAUCUUCAAAAACGAUACGGAGGUCAACGCCUGAGAGUAACAACAGCUAUUAUAUCUAUGUUUUUAUAUGUCACCACAAAAAUUGCUGUUGACUUGUAUGCGGGAGCUCUGUUUAUUCAGCUGACUCUCGGAAUUAAUCUUUAUCUGGCAAUAGUUUCAUUGCUGGCAGUUACGGCGAUUUAUACAAUACUUGGUGGAUUGCGAGCAGUAAUUUACACUGAUACAAUGCAAACAGUGAUUAUGGUGAUCGGUGGAUUGAUACUUAUGUUCCUGGGUUUUGAAAAAAUUGGCGGAUACGACAAAUUGGAGGAAAAGUACAUGAAUGCAAUUCCGCAAUCAACGUUGGAUACGUUAGGCACAGAAAAUGCGACUUCAUGCGGACUUCCACGAUCAGAUUCGUUUCAUAUGCUCAGACACCCUGUUGAUUCCGAUUUGCCAUGGCCUGCAAUGAUAUCUGGCAUCGCUAUAAUUGGAACGUUAUAUUUUUGUUCCGAUCAGGUGAUUGUGCAACGGGUUAUCGCUGCGAAUUCUAUACAAGAUGCCAAAGGUGGAUGCAUACUCGCUGCUCUCUUAAAAAUAACUCCGAUGUAUCUGAUGGUGAUGACAGGUAUGAUUAGCAGAGUGUUGUUCGCUGAUGAAGUGGCGUGUUCAAAUCCUGCGGACUGUGAAGAAAUCUGUCAGAAUCCGCAAGGAUGUUCUAAUAUUGCGUACCCUAUGCUUGUUCUUGGAGUUCUGCCUGCAGGACUCCGUGGAGUUAUGGUGGCUUCAAUGUUAUCAGCCCUGAUGAGCUCACUGACAUCGAUCUUCAACAGCACGAGCACAAUUUUCACUCUCGAUAUAUGGAAACGUAUCAGGAAAUCGGCAACUGAAAGAGAACAGCUAAUCGUUGGGAAGUUGACCGUACUGGCUCUUGUUGUAAUAUCAAUUCUGUGGAUUCCGAUUUUAUCAUCUUCGGCGGGAGGACAACUUUUUGUUUACAUAAAUGUAGUGUUAGCUGCACUUGGAUCUCCAAUCGUCUCACUUUUUAUUUACGGUAUCUUGUGGCCAAGAGCGAAUGAGAAGGGCGCAUUUUGGGGAUUGGUUGUUGGAUUUACAGUCGGAUUGACUCGUUUGAUUUUAGAGUUAUUUUACGUCGCCCCAUCUUGCGGAGAACCCGAAACGAGACCCCCAAUCAUUUACAAGAUAAACUAUAUGUACGUUAGUCCGAUUGUCUUUGUAAUUUCUUCCGUCGUUAUCAUUUGUGUGAGUUUUCUUACAAAACCCCCGCAUGAAAACGAGUUAUACGGCACCACGUGGUCAACGAUAAGAAAACGGAAAACAACAGUUGCAAAUAAUUCAUCUGGAGAUUUAAAUAUGAGAGAAAUGGAAGCAGGCGUUAUUGGUUCCCCGAAAGAAGAGGAUGUUGAAAACGAACUAUCAGCUUUGGAUGGGAUGAAUAAAGAUGAAGGGUCAAGUGUUUCUGUUUCUCUUCAAGAAAACCAGUAUUUGACUGAACUGUACGAAAACCCUAAGUGGUCGUUUGUUCUAAAUACGGCGGCAAUAUGUGUAAUGAUUACCGUUGCAUUUUUAGUCGGACUUCACGCGUAAUACACCAUUUGGAAAUUCUGAACAAAUUAUAAUUCGGAACAAGGGGCUUGAUUGUUUUGUUUUUUUAAUUUUCGGACAAGUGGGAACAGACGUUUAUGAAAUUGGUCGAUGUAUUUUUUUGCUCUCGAGAGCCACACAGGAAAUUAAGCGGAUUUUCGACAUAGUACAGAAGCGUGGCAACUGACUAUCAAGAUUAUUUCAAAACAAUGUGAAAUCGAGACAACAUAUCAUUCCAGCGAGGGAUUAACAAAAUGGACUGUUUUACUUCAUCUGAAUUGUAUUCACGAUUUUGAUGUGUAGUAUUCAAAAUUUAAGUUCGAUGAAAACCUUUUUGAUAUUGACAAACAAAAUCACAAGUCUGACGAUUGGAUUUUGCAACACUCAUUGUUUCAAACGUUUUUAUCCUUGCGGAACGCGUGAACUCCAAUCGGUCCUACCCAGUGCUUUUCAGUCAAGUGUAUAGUACACCCCAAGACAUGUCGGAAUGUUUAAAUAACAUGCCGCAGCGAUAGAGAGUACUAGGGUGUACCACAUAAAAUGGACAGAACACAAUAACUUGUGCAUAUUUUGCAAAGAUUUGGCAAACAAGCGUACCGGUAACUUAUAUGUGUGAAUAAAUUUUUAUUGUGUCGUUCCAGCCAUUCCCGGCUUUUAUUUGUAAUCCUGUCAUAGAGGUAUGUCAUUUCAAACCCAUCUCACAUGGACGUCAAAUAUUUCGAUGUCGGACACUCAAUGAAUGAAAACAAUGAAAAGUUAUUGCAGAAGAUGACUUCAACCUACCAUGCGAUCGCUUAAACAUUUUCCUUCCAAUUCUCGACCAACUGCCAUAGGCCUAUAUCCCACAGAUCACCUAACUUCGACCAGUUGCCUUAUCUUCUUCGGUCUUCUCAUCCUCGGCCCACUGCCCCAUCCUUCUUAAACUUGCCAACCGUCCUACCCCCCUCAUCCUUCCUAGCCUCGAUCCACAGCCCUAUCUCCCUCAGCCUUCUUAUCCUCGACCCACUGCCCUAUCCCUCUCCGCCUUCCUAUCCUCGAACAACUACCUGUCUUCUCUUAAUCUACCUAUCCUCGACCCUCCGCCCUAUCUACCUCAGCGACCCCAUAUUCAACCCCCUAUCCUAUCCCCUCAGUUUCUCUAGCUCCGUCCAAAUGCUUUAACCUCUCAGCUUUCCUACCCUUUCUAGAAUGAAGUUUUCUUUGUUUUUGAAGUUAUCAAAAAAGUAAUAUGUAACAUGUAAUACACAUUAUAAACUGUAUGCGAGUUUUUUCCCGCCUUUCUGUACUUUUUACUGUCUGCUUGUUAAUGUUCAUUGAUUUAUUGAGACAUCUCCCGUUCGAACAUUUUUUUUCACCCAGAUACACCGGCUAAUGGACCUUUCCCCGACCUUUAAACCCCGAAAAAUU